UUCCCGCCAUGUCAAUCCAACCCUCUCUCACAGUCUCUCCUGGCGGCCUCCACCCAGCAAUCCAGUUUCCCAGGCACCUCUGUGCCCAAUCUACUCUUUCAGGGGCACCAUUCCCCUCCGUGUAGAAGUAACUUUACAACAGCAGCAAAGCCUGCCCGUACCCGCACAGAACUCUGGGAAGCAGUCCGACUGCGCAUGCGUACAGUGAUUGGCGCGGCUGUUGCGCAGGGGCGGCUGGGAAUUGGCGCGGUGGGAGAGCGGAAGUGCGCACUGAGGAGAGACAAUUCUAAAGGAAAAGAGAUAAAGAAGAUUGUUGGUUCAGAUAUGGAUGUCAAGGGCCCUGCGUUAAAGCCGAGAAGCUCACCGUCAUCCUCUGAAAGUAUCCUGUCUAUUGGCUACGAACCCACUCUCUUUAAUUCCAUAAAGCCCGUCGCUCGACCCACCAGUUGUAAUCACUGUGGUUUGUAUGGCGCUAGGAGAUGCUCCCAGUGCAGACAGGCAUAUUACUGCUCUGCUGAUUGCCAGAGGAAGGAUUGGUCAGCACAUUCCAUAUUCUGCAAACCAUUGGCUGCGAAAGAGCAGGGUGCUUGCAGGUCUCCCACGGGUGGAGGAGAACAGAUUGUGCCACGCAGGGGUGAAGCAUCGCCUGUUGGCAACUCCCCUAAGACUGAGGAGCUUGUAAAGAAAAUCAUGUUCUCCGAUCUGCAGGAAUCGGGACUGAGAGAGGGCAAGGAAUCUCAGGGCUUUGUACUGGAUUUCCUAAGCCCCAGUAAGUUCAACAUUCAAGUCUGUAACACUAAAUCACUUGAUUCGCUCGUCAAAGUAUCAACAUUAUUGAAAGAAAUCUACACAAAACCCGAGAACCUAAAGAAAGGUUACACGCCCGCCAUUGGGGAGGUUUGUGUGGCCAGAUAUGCUCAAGAUCAGAACUGGUACAGAGUAAUGGUGCACAGUCUUGAUGCUCAGAUGAAGAUGGCACAGGUCCUGUAUCUUGACUAUGGGAAUACGGAGGCCGUUUCUAUUGAUGAUGUGCAGCAAAUGCACAAAGAUGUAGAGCUGUUUCCCCCUUCUGCAAUAAAGUGCUUCUUGGCUAAUAUUGCGGCACCUCCAUGUGGUUGGACCCCAGAGUGCCUCGUAGAUGUUAGAAAACUGCUCUUGGGGAAGAAGGUCACCUUCACUGUCCUUCGAAUUGAGCAGGAAGAACCCCCAAUAUAUGGGGUGGAUGUUACUUUGCCGAGCUCAGGUGACCGUGUUGGGAAAUAUCUGCUUGAUAAGGGCUAUUGCUUCUCUCCAGAAGUAAAAAGCAAGAUGAAGAGGUGCAGCUCUGAAACCGAUUCCAUAUUGGACAAAGCUGCAAAUCCAGAAGAAACUUCCACAGAGCUUCCACCAACCCUGAAAGUAGUGUCGGUAUCUGCUGGCGAUAUUUUCAAUGCAGUGAUCACAGAUAUCCAGACCCCAAGCAGGUUCUUCUGCCAGCAGUUGCAAAAUGGACAGCAACUGGCAGAGUUAAUGGAGAGCAUGGAAAAGCAUUACAAAACAGCACCCGUCAGUCCAGGAUUUUCUCCAAUUGCCGGGGAGAUUUGUUCUGCUCUAUUUACAGAAGACAAUCGCUGGUACAGAGCCACAGUCCUGGACAGGGUGUCGGAGGAUUCAGCCCUAGUCGGCUACGUCGAUUUUGGGAAUGUGGAGCACUUGCCGGUCUCCAGGCUGCGGCCCAUUCCGGCCAGAAUGUUGGCAUUUCCUUUACAAGCGAUUCAGUGCAGCCUGGAAGGGGUAAGACCUGCCUCCAAGACCUGGACCAAGGAAGCCACGACUAAAAUGGCAUCACUCGUGGCAAACAAGAUGAUUACUGUUAGAGUUAUUACUGAGAGUGAAGGAAGUUUAAUGGUGGAGCUGCUGGAUGGAUCUGUAAACCCUGAGCUGGACAUUGCCAGACAACUCAUAUUGGCAGGGUUAGCUGUGGAUAAAGAGGCAGGUGUUGGCAUGGACGAAGGUUCAAGCGGUGCUCUAGCUGGCACUGGUGGAGAGCUGAUGGAUGAUAGUGGUGCUAAACCCGGACAGUGGACAUCAGCAGAGCUGCCUCUCGGGCGUGCCGUGGAUGUUUCUGUGUGCAUGUUGUACAGUCCUGGAGAGUUCUUCUGCCAACUCUGUAAUGAGAAAGAUGCCAAGUCUCUUACGGAAUUGAACCGGUCGCUGGGACAGCAUUGCCAGAAGGGUUCGGCAACACAAUAUAACCCAAAAGCAGGGAAGAUUUGUUGCGCCUUCUUUUCAGGUGAUGGGAAUUGGUACCGAGCCAUGGUGAUGGGUGUUGAACAGAAAGGCACCAAGGUGCGCUUUAUGGACUAUGGAAACACAGAGGAGCUGGAAGCAGGCGAGCUCUGCGACAUCCCAUCCCAAUUACUGGAGCUUCCUUUCCAAGCAAUCAGAUGCAGUUUAACAGGUGUGAAACCCAUCGGAGAGAAGUGGGACAGAGACGCCAUUAUUGCCUUUCAGAGCAGCGUAGCAGGAGUGAAGCUCAAAGCAAAAGCUGUCGGCAAGAAUGACAAUGGCUACAGGGUGGAACUCGUGGCCAGUGAGAGUGGGAGCAGUGUGAGUGAAGCUUUGAUUGCAGAGAAGGUGGCUGUGCAUGAUACGGCCCAGGAGGCUGGAGAAGCCGGGGAUAGCCACCCCCCAAGGCAGAAACCUACAGGCAGGGCUGAAAAUAUCUCUAUGGAUGGAUCAGGGGAUAAAGGUCCUCAGAGCACCAAAACGCACACUCCCAAGGUUCCGGAUCAGAGAGAGACUCUUCAGGCCAGUCCUGCUCCUCCCAAGGAGAAAGAAGCUUGUGUGAGAACCCCCCCAAGAGAAGACUCGCCAAGCAAGACCAAUGGACCCCCCCAAGGAACCAAGAUGGAAGAAGCCGGCGUGGCUCGCUGUUGGACCUCCAUAGAGCUGCCGUUACAUGAAGCCGCACAGGCACUGGUGCUUUGUGUCAUAAGUCCCGACUUGUUCUACGCCUUUCCCAAAGAGAACCGAGUGGAUGUUGGGAAACUCCAGCAGACAAUGAUAGAGAUGGCCGCUUACUGCAGCAUCCAGUCUGACUGUCAGAAUUUCAGGCCGGCCGUCGGGGAUGCUUGUUGCGCCAGAUUUACAGGGGACGGGCAGUGGUACAGAGCCAUAGUGCUGGGCACCUCAGAAACAGAGGCUGAAGUAGCCUAUGCAGAUUAUGGCAAUACAGAAAGCCUGCCAUAUUCUUCCCUUGUUGCCAUAAAGGAGAGCUUCCUGGAUCCUCCAGUCCAGAUCAUUAAAUGUCGUCUCACAGGUGUGAAGCCUCUCGAUGCGGAAUGGAUCCCAGCCGCCACUCGGCUUCUUCGGCACAUACUGCUGGGAUGUCAGCUUACUGUCACCGCGAUGGCCCUGCAGGCCGGGGUACACUCUGUGGCUGUGGAAAUAAUGAAGGAAACGGGGGCUCUGCUGGUACAAGAUAAAUUAAUUAAUGAAGGAAUGGCCAGGCAGAGCAACUCGGGGGUCAAUAAGAGCCAGUGCAAAGAGAGAGAUGAGUGCUGCUGUUGCCAGGACCUCAGGAUACGAGUUGAGAAAAUGGAAGCGAUCCUUCAGCACCUUAUGAAUGAGCUGGAACUGAAGGCUCCCCGGAACUAAGAACUUUCAGCUUUUCAGGACCCUGUCUGUUCAGAAAAUGCAACAUUUGCUCUGAUCCUGCACUUCAAACCGGGGGUUUUUCCUUUUUUUUUUUUUUUUUUUAAAGAAAUACUAAGGAUUUUAUGUACGUUAUGAUGUACAACUGCCAGAGCUUUAAGAAUUUGGCUAAGAAUGCGCAGCCCGAGGGGAGUUAGAAUGUCCGAGGCUCUGAAAAUAGUUCUCCUUUUGUUCUUGGCAGAAGUUCUCAUCCUUGUUAUUAGAACCUUCCAAAGAAGCAUUUUGGGCAGUUUUCUAUGUUGUUGUGUUUAAGUUUGUCUGUUAUUGUUUGUGGGAGAGAAUUUGCCACUGGUUCAUAGUGGGUAAGAAAAAGGGCAAAUAAUGGAGUUGCCAUUUGGGACUGUUAUACUUCCCUGCCCAAUGGGGGAAACCUUGGGACCUGCACAACCUUGUCCAUGUUGGUUAUACCGAGGCAGAAACAUUUCUAUUUGUCUGUUGCUUUCAACUGGAGAUUAAUAUUUAUUUUCUCUAAUUCCA